CCAGAACAGCAGCCACAGCCUCGCCCCUAUCAAGGUGUCCGUGUCAAAGAGCCGGUGAAGGAGCUGUUGAAAAGGAAAAGGGGAAAUGCUCACAAUGCCACUGCAACGGCAGCUACAACGGUGGUUUUGCCCCACCAGCCGCUUCCUCCCUACUCACCAAUGGGCCAGCCUUGCAUUGAUAUGGAUGUCACCAGCACUGCACUGCCUGUCACUGAUGAAGGAGCACUCUGCUCUGGCUGGAUCUCCCAGCCCUCUUCCACAGCCUUACAGCCUUUGACUCAGUGGACCACUUACCCUGAUUAUGUGCCUCAUGAAGCUGUCAGCUCUCCAUACACAGCAGAUAUGUAUGUUCAGCCUAUGUGUCCCAGCUACACACUGGUGGGACCUUCAUCUGUUCUGACUUAUGCUUCUCAGCCACUGCUCACCAAUUUUGCACCUCGCAGCAGCACCCCUGCCGUUGUGCCCCAGCUGGAGGUGACAGACCAGCAGCCACCUCUCACCUACUUCCCGUGGGCACAGCCCCUCUCUGCGCUGCCAGCCUCCACUUUGCAGUACCAGCCCUCUUCUUCCACGCUUCCUGGGCCGCAGUUUGUGCCUGUGCCAAUCUCCAUCCCCGAGCCGGGCGCCCAGGAGCUGGAGGACGCCCGACGGGCCGUCGGCACGCUGCCCCUCGAGAAGCUGCUGCUGGAAGAUGAAGACAAUGAUACAAUCCUACAUAUUUAUGCAGCUAAAGGUAUGAGGGAGCAUACCUUGGCAGCUGCAGAGCGCUUGAAGCCACUGCGGAGACUUGAUGCCAAGGAACACAGAGGAAAGACUCCUCUGCUGGUGGCUGUCACUGCCAGGCAGCCAGCUAUUGUCUAUGAUUUGAUCCAGGCAGGAGCAGAUGUCAAUGCUGUAGACAACAAAGGGCAGUCAGCCUUACAUCUUGCUGCAACAUAUGGCUAUGGCCAAGUCCUCCAGGUCAUACUGUCACUGGUUUUCCCUCUUGACUUAGAAACAAAGGAUUUUGAAGGCCAUACCCCACUGCACUGUGCUGUGCUGGCACACAGUGCCCUGCUCCGGGAGCAAGGCUGCCAGGUGUUGAAGGAGCAGCAGCAGAAAGACCUGCAGCACCGAAGGGAAGAGCUGGAGUCCUGCAUCCACCUGCUGGUGCAGGCAGGAGCCUCCAUCCACAGCAGGGAUGUGAAAAGCAACAAGACAGUUCUUCAUUACACAGUCCAGGAUGGGAACAUCUCCCUGCUCAGGUACUUCUUGGAGCUGAAUGCUUUCCAGUCCAAGGACUUUGUCAACAGCAAGGCACAUGGCAACACACCUUUGCAUAUGGCAGCUGCACUGCCUUGUGACAAGAACCAGCAGGAAAUCAUCCAGCUGCUCCUCGAGCACGGGGCAGACCCGCGCCUCCGAAACCUGGACAACGAUCAGCCCAUCCACAUGGCUCCUGCUGGGAAAGCUGGGGAGCAGAGCCUCUAA